CUGUAAUAAAGCUCAGAAAAAUUCAUAGUUUCAAAAUAUCGACUCCGUAGGAAAAAUAAAAUAGUCCUGGAAUUAGUGUUCUCUUUCGUCAGUGUUUAUUCUCUUUGUUCUUAUUCCUAGUAAACGUAUUGCGAGACUGAUUCGGGUACUAGUAAGCCUUCAUCAACAUUGAGAAUGUCUCUUGGAGGUUUUGGGUUCGGGUUCGGGGGAAGCAACCCGAAUGGUCCAGAUUUCGGAGGCAGCAACAAUCCUUUCUUUGCUGGAUCUAGUAGCUCUGCCAGUGCGAGUGGUAACGUGAAGCAAAAUAGUAACAUCUGCAACAUGAAUAACAGCGCUGGCAUGAAGCGUGCACCUCCCCAAGAUUCAGGAUCAGAUGAUGAGCAAUUUCUGCAGAUGCUCAAAAAAUUGAAUCCAGAGAAGCGAAAGAAGAUGUUGCAACAGCUAGGAGGAAAUGACAUUGAGGAGGAAUCAGUAGUCGCUGAGAAUGAUCCUGAAGAGGCGGAUGAAGCGUCAGAGCAAGCUGGUGUGCCUUUUGGUGCAGAGAUCCUUGCUGAGACAUCAGUCACAACAGCAAGGGGCGAUCAGGAGAAGACUCCCACGCUGUGGCUGCUUACUGGUGCGACACCAAAUCGUGCAGCGGUAGAGGCAUCUCAUGCAGCAGCUGCAGCGUCACAGAGUGUGGGAGCUUCGCAGCCACGAAGUGAAGAGUCAGUAGCACAGGGAAGGAAUAAUGGUGAAUGCAAAGAGACCUGUCCUUUAUGGAAGGUAUAAGUAGUAAUACUUAGGUGUGCGCAAGAAUGCUACAUCUGGUAUUAUACAUUCGAGCUUAAAGACAUAGAUUGAAAAUAGUAAUUAUUUAUCAUUUGAAAUGGUAUAGGAGUUUCAAGUUGAUUGUCUACCCACAUGUGCCCAGGUCUGCCGCCAGUACUUCGAGAAAGAGAGGAGCGACGAUCCAGAGAAGGAGGACCAUACGUUAGCCCAGAAUUUUAUAAAAUUAUGAUGGAUAAUUAUCAUGAAGAUUUAAAAAGAUUGCUCAUUUGAUGUAAAUCGUGAUCGCACUAACGGAAGAGAUGUGAGUCAUCAUAAGAAAAAGAUUGAAAGCUCUAAUCUUGCGCUUGCGACAAUUCUCCGGCCUAACUGAUCAAGGUCGACCAACUGGGUACAACUGGAUGAUCGAAUACGCAUCAGAAGUCGACGCGGAACGUGUGGGGUACAUAUUAUUCGUCAUUCAGGAUGGAGAGUGUAGAUGAAAUUGAAGAAGCAAAAAUGUAUCAUGCUACUGACAUUGAAAGUUGGAGGCGCAUGCAAUCCAGUCGGAAUUUCAAACUCUUUUUUGCCAGGUACCUCACAGACCGUAAUGUUGUCAACAAGUACGAGCUUGGGCAGUCACAUGAUAAAUAUCGUGCUGGAAUCCAUUGGAAGGAUUACAAACCGCAUGAGGUACCUGAAAUAUUUUGAAAUGCUUCAAAGUUCAUUUAUGCUUGUGAAGCUCAUAACCUUAAGGCGCGAUCAGGAGAAGACUUACCCAAAUCAGUCUCGCAUCUCGAGGAAAAAUAAAUGUUAUCACUGUCGAGGAUUUGUGAUCCUGUUAAGGAACAAUUGUACAUCAAAUAUUACAGCGUGCUGGUUUUGUUCGCAUGUACUGCAAAAGCAAGUUUUGCACUAUGAGGAAGCUUUUCCUUAGGAAAAUCGGAGAGAAGCAGCGGCGUAAUGCAUUGAAUUGCAUCUUCAUGAUUGUGAUUUUAUGCGUCGAUGAAAUAAUAAAUUAGUGGACAUUGACUGUUUGUGAGUAAAAUGUUUUCACUCGCUAGAAGAGGGAGAUCGCAUCAAAGUACGCCUGGGGAGUAAUACACAGAAAUCGACAUUGGGGUCCUGAAAGAUAUUUGUUUAGGGCAUUCGACGACUUCGCCUUGGCAGUACUACCUAGGUUUGCUAAUGGGAAUUUAGAGUAAUUUCGUUUCUAACAAUCGACGGGAGACCAUUCUUUGGAGAAGACCAUAAGGACAAAUGCUAUGCUUGUCUCGAGAGUAUGGAAAUCGAUUUUGAAACAGUGGCGUGGCAAGUGGCAAAGGUGGUUGUCACACUUCCUUAAGGCAAAAGAGUUUAGAGAGGAGAAACAAUACAAACGCGCAGCUUCCUAGUGCGCAAGUGUGUGUUGUCCUUUUUAAGCCUUGUUUACUUCGCGCUAAUGAAAAAAGACCAUGGUUUUGGCGGGUUGGACUUCUGACGAGUGGUUUUAG